GUAAUCCAGCUCGCGGACGGCCGUAUGUGGGACAAGCGCAGCCUCUUCCUUCGCGGGAUUGAGCUUGAUCCAGGCUAUGCCUUGGCCUACAACAACUUGGCCAACCUGCUUCACCCCAAGGACUGGGUGCGCCUGUCCGAUGGCACCUGCUGGAACCAGAGGUCUCUCUACCUCGCCGCCAUCCAACUGGAUCCGACCUUCGCGGUGGCCUUCAACAACCUCGGUCUCUCCCUGGGGCCCUGGGACAAGGUCACUGCGGGCAGUGCAUGCUGGACUCGCGCAGCCCUCCACCGCCGCGCGAUCGAGCUGAAUCCCAGGCACGCCUGCGCCUACAGCGACCUCGCUGGCGCCCUGCGGCCGGGCCAGCGCCUCGCUCUCUCCCUGCGCGGCGUGCGGCGAGGACCCAUCGUUUCGUUUCCUUUUGCUUGCCCUGUGCUGCAACAGGAGACGGUGGUGCUGCCCGAUGGCCGUGCUUGCGACAAGGCAGACCUCCUGGCAGGGCCUUUUGACUCAGACCGACCAUGGCUUCCUAUGCAGAGCUUGGAAGGAGUCUGGGUGGUUCACGUUCUAGUGGCCGCCACCGAAGCGCUCGAGGCGGACAUCUAUGGCCGCAGCACGGAGCUCCAAUCGUUUGAAUCCGAGGUGGCCCGGUUCCUGGGAAAAGAGGCAGGGCUCUUCUUUCCCAGCGGCACGCUGGCCCAGCGCGCGGCUCUGCAUGCCCACGUACAGCAGAUGGACCCGUCUUCGGGAAGGCUGUUUUUGCAUCCCACGUCCCACUUGAUCCAUCACGACUGCCUGCGGGAUGGGCCAGCUCAGGCGAGGUUGGCCAGAGGCACUGUAGAUCGUCUCCCGGCCUUCAGAGUGGAAGUGGUGGGCGACUUCGCGCAGCCCAUGCGCCCCAGCGACCUCGCCGCGCUGCGCCUGGGCGACGUGGUGGUGGUCGAGAUUCCUCAGCGGAUGAACGGAGGGCGUUCGUGCUCUUGGGAAGCUCUAACUGAAAUCCGACGCCUUGUGACGCAGUCGGGUGCGCGGCUGCACAUGGACGGGGCUCGCUUGUUCGAGGCCGUGCCGUACUAUGGCCGCGAUGCCCAUGAAGUUUGCGCCCUGUUUGAUUCCGUGUACAUCUCCUGGUACAAGGGCUUCGGGGGCAUGGCGGGAGCCCUCCUGGCAACCACGGAAUCGGUGGCUUCUCUUGCGGCAGAUUGGCGGGCCCGUCUGGGUGGUAGCCUCUUCACGCUCACCCCACAGUGGCUGGACGCCAGGGAGCAAUUCCGGACUUAUGCGGGCUCCUUCAACCAGCGCUUUGCGCAGCUGCAGGAGCUGGUAGAAGCCAUGAGCGCCGAUCCCACGCUAAGCUCUCUGCUGCGCUUCGAGCCACCGAAGCCCGAAUCCUGUAUGAUCCACGUCUAUCUUCGAGGUGAUGAGGGGGCUUUGCAAGCGGCCCAUGACGGCGUCUUGGCCGCGCUUGGGCUGAAGCUCUGGAGCCGCCUGCGAGGGCGCGGCUAUCCCGCGGACUUCCGGGAAGAGGAGGCUCCCAUUGAGGAGGAGGAGCUCUACUUCGAGUUUCUCAUGGGCCCGGCCAACUCCCAGAUUCCCACCGAGCUCUUCCUGGAGGGGUGGCGACACUUCGCAGAGGCGCUGGCGCAAAAGCUGGGGCGCCCGCCU